CUGACUUUUACGCUAUUACGCAUGCGUGAAACAUUUUAUCGCGGCUGUUCAGGUUUUCGUAGAGCGUUUAGCAAUUUUUAAAAGAACAAAUAUGGUUUCAGCAAUCGAGAAGGAAAUGAAAAAUAUAUUCUGCAAAGCGCAGUACAAUAAGAUUGAUCAUCCACAGUACAUGAAGAAAAUGAAGAAAUUAUAUGAGAGAACCGACUUAAAUACAUUUUGGAAAUAUUUCAUCACAUUUUUGAAAGUGCCUCUCACGAUGGCGCAGAAACAUCUGCAUAUUAUAAACACAUUAGAGUUUUGUGCCAAAUUUAUAGUAAGCUUCUAUUCUACCAAGGAGAGCGAAACCAUGGAACCAAUGUCUCCAUUUGUCAACAAGUUAUUCAAAUUUCUCUUAUCGCAUCACAGUGCUAAAGAUAAAGCAGUGAGAUUUCGCAUAUGUUACUUUCUAAACAUACUCUUCAAUUCUAUGGGCGAUGAUGCUUUUAUCGAUGAUAAUCUAUGCGAUCAAAUUACAGUCAGUAUGAUGGAUCGUUUGUUGGAUAAAUCAUUUAAAGUCAGAGCACAGGCUGUUUUUGCUCUGCACAGAUUGCAAGAUCCAUCGGAUGAGCAAUGUCCUGUAAUAAAAAUGUAUAUAUUUCAUGUAUCUAAAGAUCCAAGCGCUGAAGUUCGCAAGGCGGUCCUUGCCUGUAUGGGUAGAAAUCAAAAGACUUUACAAGCUGUAUUGACAAGAACACGAGAUAUCGAUGAUAAUGUGCGCAAGAUGGCAUUUGAAUUUAUCAGUAAAAUCACAGUGCGUUCCUUGACUAUCGAACAAAGAGAAUGUUUGUUGAAGAACGGUCUCAAAGACAGAUCCGACAGUGUCAGAAAAUGUGUAAGCAAUGUUUUGUUGCCAACAUGGCUACGAUGCUACAAGGGGGAGUACUUAAAUCUUGUACAUGCUCUCGAUGCUGGUAUAGGAACAGAAACUGCCACCUUAGCUUUACAGGUACUAUUCAAACAUGCUAAUUCAAAAAAUUUAUUGGAGCAACUGCCAAUAGAUAAAGACACAAGACUAAUUUCACUGACAAAUAUAUCGAACGAAAAUAUUUUGUAUUGGAAAUGUGUAAUAAAACAUUUUCAGAGUCUGUCGUGUACGGAAGAUUUAGAAUUAAUUAUUCCGGAAUUAUCGGGAUUUUGUACAUAUAUACGCGAAUAUAUGACUCUCAUAUCUUCCAAGUCAUAUGAAGUAUGGGAAAAACAAUGCCAUAAGUUUAUUCUACUACAACUCUUUGAGAUAUCCACAACUUAUGAUCUCGCAGACGAAGUGGGUAGGAAGAAUCUGAACGAAUUAAUAAUAGAUACUCUAAUGAGCGAUCAUUGCUGCGAUAAAAUAAUCGAAUGUAUAGUAAACCAUUUGGUAAAAGUGAUACCAGAUGCUAACAACAUGUUGAAUAUUAUUGCCAAUGUUAUUAGCGAAACUAGACUACCUUCAAACGAAAAUUUAGAUACUCAGCAAAUUACUGUGGAGCAGCAACAGGAGAAAGACAUGCAAAAAGCAAGAUUAAAGGUUGAUAUAUUAGAGCUUGAAGAGGAAUUAUAUCAAGCGAUCAAGGAAGAGAAUUUUUUACAAGCUGAGAGUCUAAAAGACAAGAUUAAGGUCUUAAAAGAAGAAAUAAACCAGUUGUCUAAGAUCCAAGAAGCUGUAAUACCCGAUGAUAUGCGUGAGGAAAAAAAUGAUACCACAACUAUGGUGAAGUGCCUCAACAUCUUGUACUUUGCGAUGCAAUCCAUUCGCGUAUUAACACCCACACUCAAGAGUUUGAUGUCUCUUGUUUUAAGUAGUCUCGACCAUCCCGAUGAUAAUGUGCAUGUAUUAGCGCUAAAAGUGUUAGGUACUUAUUGUAUACUAGACAAAGAGUUAGCUAAAAAACAUGUAAUGAUAUUUUUCUACCAAUUUUCUUACGAGCACGAGAAUCAAGAAAUUUGGAUAGUUGCUUUGAAGGCAAUAUUCGAUCUCUUGCUUAUAUAUGGGUUGGAAUAUUUUGAAAAUUUGCAAAUCCAGGAAGAGAAUUCCAUGCAGAAUAGAUCUGAAAAGAGUCGUUCGCUUUACACACAUGAAGACAGUGUCAUUUCUAUAAAUAAACGGAUUGAAAUGGAGAAGGGCCCUUGCAAUUUCAUCAAAAUCUUAAUGGGAUUGUUGAACAAUACGAAUCAAGAUAUGCGUACUAUUGCUACAGAAGGAUUCUGUAAACUGCUGCUCAACCAACGAAUUAGUAGCAGUAGUCUUAUAUCGCGUUUGAUAAUUCUGGGCUAUAAUAAAGCCAACAUUGAUGAUAUUUAUCUUCGACAAUGCUUAAGCGUUUUUUUCGAGCAUUUUAUCGUACGUGUACCCGAAGCACAAGAAAUACUCGAAAGCUCUUAUUUUCCAACACUGCGAGCUCUUUGUGAUGCACCGGAUGUUAGUCCGUUACGGGAAAUCGAUACAUAUCACGUUUCCAAAUUUAUACUGAAUUUAACCAGGAGAGGAUAUCAGAAAACCGGCGAUCAAACGUUUUACACGCACAACAAUCUUGCAUUUGCUAUAUUGGCCGAAAUUCUAAAUCCGGAAAGCAACAUAGAUAAGGAUACUCUCAUUAAAUCUUUAACGAAUUUAUGUAUUCAAAUAGAGGAUGCUCCAUCGAAACAAAAUUUGCAAGAAGCCAUCGAGAAUGUUACGAAAAUGGUGAAGGAUUCUGAUAAACGGUUGCUGAAAUAUAUUCAGCAGUUCAAACAAAAAUUAGAAAGCCCUGAAGCAAUGGAGGUGGCGGUAGAAUGUGAAACUGACAGCGAAGACUAAAUAUUGUUUAAAAUUUUGUAUAUCUGUAUAAAUAAUAUAUAUUUUUAUAUUUGCUCCAUUCCUGGAUUUCCGAAAAGGUUAAAAAUAAAAUACAAAAAGCA